UUUUACCAAACUUACACUAAUAUCACUAGAACAUAUGCUAAAUGUGGGAGAGCAUUAGAAUGUUGUUGCACUAAAAUUAUUCAAAUGUUCCAACCGACUGAUCCGCAGGAACGUACGCAGCUAAAAAGAACGCAGCCAUUGCAAACGCGCCAUCUAGUGACGAUUUUGAUGAUGCAUCAACACAAGCCCCGCCUUCUUUUUCGCUCAUCCGCCAUUUUUGUUCUCAAGGCGUUUCUCCGUUCACUGUGUUUUUCCCCACGCGAUGUUGAGAAUUUUUAUUCCUGGCGCUUCUCGUUGUUUUCCACGGGUAAAAACUGCGUUUACUUGUAACAAAACGUUCCGUCUCAUGUAUCGCAAGCUUGGCGGCUUAUCCAUUUUAUUGUGAUACUUCCGGUGUUCGUUUGGCAACUUCACUUCCCCUUCAAUUUCUUCCCCUAAUCAGCCAAUGUUUCAGUAGUUGAAAAACUGUGCUUUUCCUUCGAAAAAAAAUUCCUUCAUGAUGACAAGAUAACGCUACCACCCCAGCCAGCGCUUGCUACCUACAGCCAACAUAUACGGUGAAGACACGGUUUCCGCUUGUGUUGCUGUGUGUCAGCCACCAGCAAAGUAUCCUAACCUCACACUGAACAAGCCUUAUGUGUACGCCGAACCAGACCACUGCACACGACGAUGCGCUUACUGUUUACUAGACACAAAACGAAGCCAAUCGUAGGAUUCGCUGGUAGAUGGAUCAGCAGUCACCUUGUGUGUUCUGGCAAGGACCGUAGUGUUGAUGGUGUUGGAUGCAAGCUGUAGUAGUAGUGGCCGUAGUAGUGGUGGUAGUGGUGCAUGUGUCUGUACGAGAAUCGUCGGAAACAUAUGCAGAGAUAUUUCGUCUUUCGAUGCGGGAUUAGUGCAUCGUUAUGAAGAAUCGCCAGUAACAUAACCUCUCUUUCGGGGCAGAUACGCGGAAACAGAAUUCAUGCCUCCGCCGUAGACGUCCGUGCAUGGGUGUGCUGCUGAGUUCUUUAAAGAUUUUCCCAAACUAAAGCUUCCCGUACACAAGUGACAUCAGUGAGAAGCAAAAACAAAGAGACUGUGAUAUUUGUUGGUUAAAAAAACAGCAAAUCCACUUCCAAAUGCGUUUGUUGUCAGUUUGUGUAUGUGUGUGUGUGUGUAUAGAUUGAAUUGAGUUUCUUCCUAGCAUAUGGGAAGCAACAAGAUGUUUAGGAGACUUCCAUUUCGUUCCGACGCUAACUAGAUUGCAUCCAACGACAACCAAACCGCACACGAAACGAACAGAAUAACAAUCCAUAACGUUAACGUACGGCUGAACAGUUUCCGUGUCAGUUGAGUUCAUUUUCAACACGAAAGUCACUACAAGCAGUUGUGAGGCCAUCGUCAGAAUUUGUUACUGGUGCAUCAUUAUUGUGGUGGAAUUUAUGAGGCAGAAAUAUGUGUGUUACUAAGGCGUGUGAGGUGUAUUGGACAAGCAGAACUUAAAAAAAGUACAAGUGAUUGAUUGUUUGUGCGAAACAAUCCAAUGGGUGAAAAUUGAGUGAAGCAAGAAGUUCGUGAAACAUCGUAUCAAUUGUGCGCACGCCAUCGCUACAACCCUUCCUCUCAUGUGAUACCGGGAAAAUGAUCGAUCAGCAGCCGAAGUUAUCAUACUUUCCCAUCGAGUCAAAGUGCAGCGCUGGGCAGCCGGAACCAGAUACGGGCGGUUCGUUGACGAACAACGAACACGCGAACGGUACGAACGGUGUAAACAUCGGUGCGAAUGUUACCGCUGGCAACACGGCUACCCCGGGCCCUGGCAUGAUCCCUGGUAGCAAUAGUAGCUGCAGUGCAAAAACACCAAUUACAACGACCGGCACACCCACGCUACAGCCGUCGGUGCCACGCUCCUCGCAGCAAGCGUACACGACUACCGGUGGCAGUGUGACGGCCGCCACGCUGGCCGAAGGACAGCGGCUUCUCCUCGCCGCUGUAAUGACGGCGGGAAGCGCCAACGGUGAGAUCGGAGCGCAGCAGCAGCAGCAGCACGGCGAUGGUUCCGGUGGCGACGGGCCCGAACACCUGGCCGGGCUGCUGGGUACGUCCCUGUGCGGGCAGUGCUGUGGUCCGAUCUGCGAUCGCUACAUCAUGAAGGUGGUUGACAUUACGUACCACGAACGAUGCCUUCAGUGCACCUCCUGCUCGAUCCGGCUCAUGCAUUCCUGCUUUAUGCGCGACGGCAAGCUGUACUGUCGCUUCGACUAUGAACGACUGUACGGCCGGAACAGAUGCCUCGGAUGUGGUGAGAAGAUUGGUGCCGACGAGCUGGUAAUGCGCGCCCUGGAUAAUGUGUUCCAUCUGAAGUGCUUCAUCUGCGUCGUCUGUGGCGUGCGGCUGCAGAAGGGCGAUCAGUACGUCAUCAAGCAGAGUCAGCUGUUCUGCCGGCCCGACUAUGAAAAGGAGGUGGAAAUGUUCCAGGGCUAUAGCUACGAUGAUUACUGCUGUGAUGACAUGUUCCAGACACGCAUCGACGGUCGCCGCGGGCCGAAACGACCCCGGACCAUUCUAACGACGCAACAGCGCCGCGCCUUUAAGGCUUCGUUCGACAUAUCACCCAAACCGUGUCGGAAAAUUCGCGAAGGAUUAGCAAAGGAUACUGGACUGAGUAUAAGGAUAGUACAGGUAUGGUUCCAAAACCAGCGCGCCAAGAUGAAGAAAAUCCAAAAGAAACAGCUCAAGGAGGGUGGCAAAAGCUCACACCAUGGCGGAGGCAACGGCAGCUCGGGCGGCAACAAAAACCACAACGGCAACGGUAAAGGGAACGAUUCCCAGGAAGAGCUGUCAGAUAACGAGAGUGCUGUCGGUGGUAAAUUAUCGCUUCGCAUCAAAGACGAAAACUCGAGGUCAAACAAUUAUCUACACGAUAGCUGCAGUGACAAUGAAGGCACAGUUACCGACAACGAUGGCGGCCCGUACGGAGGUACGGCAGCCCGCCUUGGUCUUGGCGGCUCGGACCCAUACAAGAUCGUGAAGGAAGAGCUGGAUCUCGAGGACGACUACUUUCGCAUGGCCAUGUCUACACCCAACCACAUUCACCACCAUCAUCACCAUCCCAACCACCACCACCAACAACAACAACACCACCAUCAUCCGCAAGCACCGGUCAGCAGUGGCCGGUUCGGUGGGAAAUCCUUUGCAAAUGAACACCAUGGAAAUGCAGGUAUAAAGACGGAAAACAUGACACUCGACACGACACCAAUGCUGACCGGGAACGGACCCCCGCUAGACUACGGUGUUUCGCUGCAACAGCUAGCCUCCUCACUGAAUGGGGGAACCGGAAAUGGGGGUCCGGGUGCCGGGUGCCCAACGCCCCACGAUUCCGUCGGUCCCAUGGUGAAUCCCAUCGAUCGGCUUUACUCGAUGCAGAAUUCGUACUUUUGCAACCAGGAAAAUCCCAUCUCCUGCCCAUCAACCCCGACCGGACAUCCUGGUACGCCGCCCGGUGGUAAUCAACAUCGUCCAACGCCCAAUGGUUCGUCCUGUCCACAGCAGCAGGCGAAUCAGUUGCAUCUGCAACACCCGGGAUUGCAGCAAUCGGCAAUGCCACCGCAUCAUUUCCCCACACCGUCAAACAGUGGCCCCAACAUGGGAGGGAUGGGACAGCACAUGGUCGGAAUGUGCAAUCCUUUGUUAGAUCAGCAUCAGCACCAACAGCUACAACAACAGCAGCAACAUCAGCAACAGCAACAACAGCAGCAGCAGCAAGAGAGCGUAAUGUAAGAAGGAUGAGCUGCAGUGCAGUAUACAGUGGAGGCAGUAAAUGUUGCAGUAAAAAAACAAAAAUGCAAUCAGACAAAUGAUAAUGUGCAAGGUGGACUCAAAGCGGAAUUUUUUUUCAUUUGAAUAAGUGAAAGUUUAGUUACACAUAACUUGGAAAGCGUUUUGUUGCUUUUUUAUCGUUAUAAUCUAUCCAGUCGUAAUAACCAUUUUGCUUUGCAUAAAAUCUACCUUUUUUAUUCACCCCCUUGCUUUAAGCAAACAGCGCAGUAUCCACUGUAAAUAAAUAAACACCAGCAGUACAGUGCUUUACCUAAUCGUAUAAACAGCUCUCCGCGUCAAGUGCACAACAGUAUCAAAUUGUCAUCCGUCAAUUUGCUGAACCAUCCACUGGUGCGUAAAGGGUUGGUAAAGGUGACCACAAGCAAGCCCAAAGGACAUUGAUUUCGACAUUGACACAUCGUAGUGAAUCAAGCAUAUACUGUCAAUUAUCAUGCGGUUGAAUAACAUCGGUCAUUGAGAGGUGACAUUGGUGAAUGAUGGCAACCUUUCAUUGCAACAAAACAGUUUGAGGUUUGAGUGAGACGAGUGAGAAAACCGAUAAAAUAUCAACUCUUUCGUGCACCGUGCACCGUUCGAUGAUGCUAGUGGUGGUAGCUUUUGUACUGAGCUUCAUCAAAUUACAUGCUCACACAGUAAAGUGAAUGUAGCAAAAUUUAAAGAAAACAACAAUCUGCAAAAAAGAGUUCCGUUCUACGUUCAGUACGAUUGAUGUGUAAUAAGAAAAUAACAAUCAUGUGGUAACUAUUCAAA